GUGGCGGCGCAGGACCCCGACGGCGGCGACGCGGGCCGCCUCGUCUACUCCAUGGACGCGCUCAUGAACAGCCGCUCGCGCGAGCUCUUCAGCAUCGACCCGCGCGCCGGCCUCAUCAGCACCACGCAGGCCCUCGACCGCGAGAGCAUGGAGCUGCACUACUUCCGCGUGACCGCCACCGACCACGGCACGCCGCGCCUCUCCGCCACCACCAUGGUGGCCAUCGCCGUGGCCGACCGCAACGACCACGACCCUGUCUUCGAGCAGGGCGAGUACCGGGAGACCAUCCGGGAGAACGUGGAGGAGGGCUACCCCAUCCUGCAGCUGCGCGCCACCGACGUCGACUCGCCGCCCAACGCCAACAUCCGCUACCGCUUCGUCAACGAGCGCGCCGCCCACGCCGCCUUCGAGAUCGACCCGCGCUCCGGCCUCAUCACCACCAGCGGGCCCGUGGACCGCGAGCAGAUGGAGAGGUAUUCCCUGGUGGUGGAGGCCAGCGACCAGGGCAGGGAGCCGGGGCCGCGCUCGGCCACAGUCAGGGUCUACAUCACGGUCCUCGACGAGAACGACAACACGCCGCAGUUCAGCGAGAAGCGCUACAUCGUCCAGGUGAGGGAGGACGUCCGGCCCCACACGGAGAUCCUGCGCGUCACCGCCACCGACCUGGACAAGGACAACAACGCCCUCGUCCACUACAACAUCAUCAGCGGCAACAGCCGGGGCCAGUUCUCCAUUGACAGCGUCACGGGGGAGAUACAGGUGGUGGCUCCCCUGGAUUUUGAGGUGGAGCGUGAAUAUGCCCUGAGGAUCCGGGCUCAGGAUGCGGGCCGCCCCCCGCUGUCCAACAACACGGGCAUGGCCAGCAUCCAGGUGGUGGACAUCAAUGACCAUGCCCCCAUCUUCGUGAGCACCCCCUUCCAGAUCUCCGUCCUGGAGAACGCCCCCCUCGGCCACUCCGUCAUCCACAUUCAGGCCGUGGACGCCGACUACGGCGAGAACUCGCGCCUGGAGUACAAACUGACGGGCGUUGCGGCUGACACUCCCUUCGUGGUGAACAGUGCCACGGGGUGGAUCACGGUCAGCGGGCCUUUGGACCGGGAGCUGGUGGAGCACUACUUCUUUGGGGUCGAGGCUCGGGAUCACGGCUCUCCGUCUUUAUCCGCCUCUGCCAGCGUCACCAUCACCGUCAUGGAUGUCAACGACAACCGGCCCGAGUUCACGCAGAAGGAGUACUUCAUCCGCCUGAACGAGGACGCGGCCGUGGGCACCAGCGUCCUCAGCGUGACGGCCAUCGAUCGGGACGUGAACAGUGCCAUCACCUACCAGCUCACGGGAGGCAACACGCGGAACCGCUUCUCCAUCAGCACGCAGGGCGGCGUGGGGCUCAUCACCCUCUCGCUGCCGCUCGACUACAAGCAGGAGCGGCGCUACGUGCUCACCGUGACGGCCUCUGACCGCACGCUGCGCGACACCUGCCACGUUCACAUCAACAUCACCGACGCCAACACGCACCGGCCCGUGUUCCAGAGCGCCCACUACUCUGUGAGCAUCAAUGAGGACCGGCCCGUGGGCAGCACCGUGGUGGUGAUCAGUGCCACGGAUGACGACGUGGGCGAGAAUGCCCGCAUCACGUACUACCUCGAGGACAACGUCCCGCAGUUCCGCAUCGAUCCCGACUCUGGCGCCAUCACUUUGCAGGCAGCACUGGACUAUGAGGACCAGGUCACCUACACGUUGGCCAUCACGGCCAAGGACAAUGGGAUCCCGCAGAAAGCGGACACCACCUACGUUGAAAUCAUGGUCAACGACGUGAACGACAAUGCCCCCCAGUUCGUCAGCCCUCACUACCAAGGCGUCAUCUCCGAGGAUGCGCCUCCCUUCACCAGUGUGCUCCAGAUCUCCGCCACCGACCGGGAUGCCCACACCAACGGGCGGGUGCAGUACACCUUCCAGAACGGGGAGGAUGGGGACGGGGACUUCACCAUCGAGCCCACCUCCGGCAUCAUUCGCACGGUCCGCAGGCUGGACCGCGAGAACGUCCCCGUCUACGAGCUGACUGCUUAUGCGGUGGACCGGGGCAUCCCCCCUCAGCGAACGCCCGUCCAUAUCCAGGUUACCGUUCAGGAUGUGAAUGACAACGCUCCUGUCUUUCCCGCGGAAGAGUUUGAGGUCUUGGUGAAGGAGAACAGCAUUGUAGGCUCUGUUGUGACCCGGAUCACAGCUGUGGACCCCGAUGAGGGACCUAAUGCCCAAAUCAUGUACCAAAUUGUGGAAGGCAAUAUCCCUGAGAUAUUCCAGAUGGACAUAUUUUCUGGGGAGCUCACAGCCUUGAUAGACCUGGAUUAUGAGACAAAACCUGAGUAUGUGAUUGUGGUACAGGCCACCUCGGCCCCUCUGGUCAGCAGAGCCACAGUCCACAUCAAACUCAUUGACCAAAAUGACAACACUCCUGUCCUCAAGAACUUCCAGAUCUUGUUUAAUAACUACGUGUCCAAUAAGUCCAACACCUUCCCGUCUGGGGUCAUCGGGAAGGUCCCGGCUUAUGACCCCGACGUGUCUGACCGCCUCUUCUACACCUUUGAACGGGGAAACGAGCUGCACUUGUUGAUUGUAAACCAGUCGAGCGGGGAGCUGCGGCUGAGCCGCAAACUGGACAACAACCGUCCGCUGGUGGCCUCCAUGCUGGUGACCGUGUCAGAUGGCAUCCACAGCGUGACGGCGCAGUGCGUGCUGCGCGUGAUCAUCAUCACGGAGGAGAUGCUGGCCAACAGCAUCACGGUGCGCCUGGAGAACAUGUGGCAGGAGCGCUUCCUCUCCCCGCUGCUCGCCACCUUCCUGGAGGGGGUGGCCACGGUGCUCGCGACGCCCAAGGAGGACGUCUUCAUCUUCAACAUCCAGAACGACACGGACGUGGGGGGCACGGUGCUCAACGUGAGCUUCUCGGCGCUGGCGCCGCGCGGCGGCCACUACUUCAGCUCGGAGGAGCUGCAGGAGCAGCUCUACAUGAAGCGCAUGGCGCUGACGGGCGCCUCCAUGCUCGAGGUGCUGCCCUUCGACGACAACGUGUGCCUGCGCGAGCCCUGCCAGAACUACAUGAAGUGCAUCUCCGUGCUCAAGUUCGACAGCUCGGCGCCCUUCAUCGCCUCCCCGUCCACCCUCUUCCGACCCAUCCACCCCAUUGCUGGCCUUCGCUGCCGCUGCCCUCAGGGCUUCACCGGCGACUACUGCGAGACGGAGAUCAACCUCUGCUACUCCAACCCGUGCCUCAACGGUGGCGCCUGCACGCGCAGGGAGGGCGGCUACACCUGCAUCUGCCGCCAGCCCUUCAGCGGUGAGAACUGCGAAGUGGACAGUCGUGCGGGGCGCUGCGCACCCGGCGUCUGCCGCAACGGGGGCACCUGCACCGACGGCGCCGACGGCGGCUUCCGCUGCCAGUGCCCGGCGGGCGGCUUCGAGGCGCCGCUCUGCGAGGUGUCCACGCGCUCCUUCCCGCCGCGCUCCUUCGUCAUGUUCCGGGGCCUGCGCCAGCGCUUCCACCUCACGCUGGCCCUCUCGUUUAGCACCCGGGAGCCCAGCGGCCUCCUGCUCUACAACGGGCGCCUCAACGAGCGGCACGACUUCCUGGCCGUGGAGAUCAUCGAGGGGCAGCUGCAGCUGAAGUACUCCACAGGAGAGUCGAGCACGGUGGUGAGCCCGUUCCUGCCCGGGGGAGUGAGCGACGGGCAGUGGCACACGCUGCAGCUCCACUACUACAACAAGCCCAAGGUGAACGCCCUGGGCGUGGCGCAGGGCCCCUCCAAGGACAAGGUGGCUGUCCUCACGGUGGAUGGAUGUGAUGCCUCGGUGGCCCUGCAGUUUGGCAGCGAGAUCGGGAACUACUCGUGUGCCGCGGAGGGAGUGCAGUCCAGCUCCAAGAAGUCGCUGGACCUCACAGGCCCCUUGCUCCUUGGAGGAGUCCCCAACCUGCCCGAAAACUUCCCCGUCACUCACCGGGACUUUGUGGGAUGCAUGAGAGACCUGUACAUUGACAGCAAGCGCAUCGACCUGGCCUCCUACAUCGCCAACAACGGCACUGCUGCAGGCUGCCACGCCAAGCACUCCUUCUGCGACUCCAGCCCCUGCAAGAACGGCGGCACCUGCUCCGUCAGCUGGGGGACUUACUCCUGCCUCUGCCCCGUCGGCUUUGGGGGCAAAGACUGCCGCCACCCCAUGCACCAUGCCCACUAUUUCCAGGGCAACAGCAUCCUGACGUGGGACUUUAAGGCAGAUGUGAAGAUCUCGGUGCCGUGGUACCUGGGGCUGGCGUUUCGGACGCGUCAGCUGGACGGGGUGCUCCUGCAGGCCCACGCUGGCCAGUACACCACCCUGCUGUGCCAGCUGGCGGGGGGGCUGCUCUCCUUCGUGGUGAGCAGGGGCUCCGGGCGCAGCACCAGCCUCACCCUGGACCAGCUGCAGCUCAGCGAUGGCAAGUGGCACGACCUGCAGCUGGAGCUGCGGGAUGUGCGCGGCGGGCGCGACGCGCACUACGUCAUCACCCUCACCCUGGACUUCGGCCUGUACCAGGACACGGUGGUGGUUGGAAACGAGCUGCAUGGCUUGAAGGUGAAGCACCUUCACGUGGGGGGCGUGCUGAGCUCCGGCGAGGUGCAGAGCGGCCUGAGGGGCUGCAUACAGGGUGUGCGACUAGGUGACAGUGCCAGUGGGACUGCGCUGCCCAAGCCCAGCCAUGCCCUGCGGGUGGAGGCUGGCUGCAACGUGCCGAGUGCCUGCGACUCCAGCCCCUGCCCGGCCAACAGCGUCUGCAAGGACGAGUGGCAGAGCUACUCCUGCGUGUGCCUGCCAGGGUACUACGGAGGGGACUGCGUGGACGUGUGUCACCUCAACCCCUGCAAGAACAAGUCGGUGUGUCGCCGCAAGCCGGGCUCUCCCCUGGGCUACGUGUGCGAGUGUGGAGAGAACUUCUUUGGGCAGUACUGUGAGCACAGGAUGGACCAGCAGUGCCCAAAGGGCUGGUGGGGGAACCCCACCUGCGGGCCCUGUAACUGCGACGUGAACAAGGGCUUUGACCCUGACUGCAAUAAAACCAACGGGCAGUGCCACUGCAAGGACUUCCACUACCGCCCAAAGGGCAGCGACGCCUGCCUGCCUUGCGACUGCUACCCCGUGGGCUCCUCCUCGCGCUCCUGCGACAGGGAGACGGGCCGCUGCCACUGCAGGCCUGGUGUCAUCGGGCGCCAGUGCAACGGCUGCGACAGCCCCUUCGCCGAGGUGACGCCCAGCGGCUGCCAGGUGCUCUACGACGGCUGCCCCAAAACCCUCAAGGCGGGCGUGUGGUGGCCCCAGACCAAGUUCGGCUCCUCUGCCGCCGUGCUGUGUCCCAAAGGCUCCCUGGGCGCAGCCGUCAGACACUGUGAUGAGGAGAAGGGCUGGCUGGAGCCAGAUCUCUUCAACUGCACUUCGCCUGCCUUCAAGGAGCUCUCCGUGCUGCUGGAGGGCCUGGAGAGGAACGAGACUGAGCUCAACACAAUUGAAGCCAAGAAGCUGGCGCACCGGCUCCGGGCUGUGACAGACCACAUGGACCACUACUUUGGCAAUGAUGUGCACAUCACCUACCGCCUGCUGUCCCGCCUCAUGGCCUUCGAGAGCCGGCAGCGGGGCUUCGGCCUGACCGCCACGCAGGACGCCCACUUCAACGAGAACCUGCUGCGCGCGGGCAGCUCCGUGCUGGCGCCCGAGAACCGGGAGCACUGGGCCAUGCUGCCCUGCAGCGAGCACGGCAGCGCCAGCCUCAUGGAGCAGCUGCACGACUACUCGGGCACCCUGGCCAGCAACAUGAAGCUCACCUACCUCAACCCCGUCGGCGUCAUCACCCCCAACAUCAUGCUGAGCAUCGACCGCAUGGAGAACCGCUCGCACGUGCGCCGGCGCUACCCCCGCUACCGCAGCAGCCUGUUCCGCGGCCAGCCCGCCUGGGACCCCCGCACGCACGUGGUGCUGCCGCUGUCCGUGCUGAGCCCCGCCAAGGCUGAAGCUGUCCCCACGGCAAUGCCCUCCCUUGCCGGGGGUGAAGGGAACUACACUGUGGAGAGCCCCUCUCCGAGGCAGGCGCUGCCCGAGCCCGAGCCCGCGCUGGCCGUCGUCAUCCUCAUCAUGUACCGCACCCUGGGGGGGCUGCUCCCCGCGCGCUACCACGUGGAUCGCCGCAGCGUCAGGCUCCCCAGGCAUCCCGUCAUGAACUCUCCCAUUGUGAGCGUGGCCGUGUUCAGCAAUCACACCUUCCUGCGCGGACCCCUCGACGCUCCUCUCGUGCUGGAAUUUCACCUGCUGGAGACGGCCAACAGGAGCAAACCUCUGUGCGUGCAGUGGAACCACUCCAGCCCGACCAACCCAUCAGGUUUCUGGACAGCCAAGGACUGUGAGCUUGUGUACAGGAAUGCCACGCAUGUCCACUGCCAGUGCUCCCAGUUUGGCACCUUCGGGGUCCUGAUGGACAGCUCGCACCGAGAGCAACUGGAAGGUGACCUGGAGACGCUGGCGAUUGUCACCUAUUCCUUGGUGUCCCUCUCCCUGCUGGCCUUGCUGCUGACCUUCUCCUUCCUGACUUGCCUCAAAGGCCUCAAGUCCAACACCCGUGGCAUCCACUCCAACAUAUCGGUCACCCUCUUCUUCUCUGAACUCCUCUUUCUGUUGGGCAUCAACCACACAGAGAACCAGUUCCUCUGCACUGUGAUCGCCAUCCUCCUGCACUGCUUCUUCCUCUCUACCUUCGCUUGGCUCUUCGUCCAGGGCCUCCACAUCUACCGCAUGCAGACUGAAGCCCGCAACGUCAACUUUGGGGCCAUGCGCUUCUACUAUGCCAUCGGCUGGGGGGUGCCCGCCAUCAUCACCGGGCUGGCUGUUGGCCUGGAUCCUGAGGGCUACGGGAACCCUGAUUUCUGCUGGAUUUCCAUUCAUGAUAAGCUGGUCUGGAGCUUUGCAGGCCCCAUUACUGUCGUCAUUGUGAUGAAUGGGGUGAUGUUCCUGCUCGUGGCUAAGAUGUCCUGUUCCCCAGGCCAAAAGGAGACCAAGAAGAAAUCGGUUCUCAUGACGUUACGGAGCUCCUUUGUUCUGCUUCUAGUUAUUAGCACUACCUGGCUCUUUGGCCUCUUGGCUGUCAACAACAGUGUCCUGGCUUUCCACUACCUCUACACUGUCCUCUGCAGUCUCCAGGGCCUGGCGGUGCUGCUCCUCUUCUGCGUCUUGAACGAGGAGGUGCAGGAGGCCUGGAAGCUGGCCUGCCUCGGCAAGAAGGCUGUGCCCCCUAGCACCUCAACUGAGCCCUUGCCUCUUGCUCUGCCUUGGCAGGGCCCCAACGCCUACAACAACACGGCGCUGUUUGAGGAGAGCGGGCUCAUCCGCAUCACGCUGGGCGCCUCCACCGUCUCGUCGGUGAGCAGCGUGCGCUCCGCGCGCACCCACUCCAGCCAGCGCGGCUACCUGAGGGACAACGUGGCCGCCCGCCAGGGCCCGGCCCUGGAGCACAGCCUGCUGGGCCACGCGGGCCCCACGGACCUCGACGUAGCCAUGUUCCACCGCGACGCCGGCCCAGACUCGGACUCGGACAGCGACCUUUCCCUGGAUGAAGAGCGCAGCCUCUCCAUCCCGUCCUCGGAGAGCGAGGAGAACGUGCGGCUGCGGGGCCGCUUCCAGCGGCAGUUCAAGCGGGCGGCUCACAGCGAGCGGCUCCUCACCAACCCCUGCAACACCGCUCCCAAAGAUGUGGAUGGCAACGACCUCAUGUCGUACUGGCCAGCUCUGGGCGAGUGCGAGGUUCACCCCUGCUCCCUGCAGAAGUGGGGCUCCGAGCGGAAGCUGGGCUUUGACAUCAACAAGGACGCAGCCAACAAUAACCAGCCAGACCUGGCCUUGACCAGUGGCGAUGAGAACUCCCUCACUCAGACGCAGCGGCAGAGGAAAGGGAUUUUGAAGAACCGCCUGCAGUACCCGCCGGCUCUGCAGGGCUUGCCGUCUGUCGGCAGGAUGACCAACGAGCUGUCGUGGUACAAAACCUCCACGCUGGGCCACAGGGCUGUCCCUGCUGCCUCCUAUGGCAGGAUCUACUCGGGGGCAGGCAGCCUGUCCCAGCCAGCCAGCCGGUACUCAUCGCGGGAGCAGCUUGACAUGCUCAUGAGGAAGCAGAUGUCCCGGGAGCAGCUGAGCAGGAACAAUUCUGGAGAGUGCUUGGAAGUGGUGCCCAGCCGGCACGGGUCCAGGGAGGAGCUGGACACCAUCCCUAGCCGGCAUGGUUCUUCUGAGCACCUGGAAACUAUUCCCAGCAGACACGGAUCUAAGGAAAACUUGGAUCUGCUGGUCCCUAGACCUAGUCGGAGAGAUCACGGGAACACGCUGCCCCGGAGGCAGGGCUCCAGGGACCACCUGGAGACUUUACCCUGCAGAUUUGGGUCAAGAGAGCAGCUAGACUGUGGGCCAGUGAGAGAGGUCUCUAGAGAGUGGCUAAACACAUUGCCAAGCCGGCAAGUGUCCAGAGACCGAAUAGACGUGUUGCCAAGUCGAGACCCUUCUCGAGAGCAGUUGGAUUUGCUCUCCAGAAGACAGCCGUCAAGGGACCAGCUAGUGCCGGCUCGGCAAACGUCAAGAGAGCGGCUGGACUUCCUCUCUAGAAGAUCUAAUUCCAGGGAGGCUCUGGAUACAGUGCCUAGCAGGCAGCCCUCACAGGAGAAUCUGGGGUGUCUUUCUAGAAGACAACUGUCUAGGGAAAGCCUAGAACCGCUCUCUAGGAGGCAGCCGUCCAGAGAGAACCUGGAGGCCAUCCCCAGCCGCCACCCCUCCACCGAGCAGCUGGAUAUCCUUUCUUCCAUCCUCGCGUCUUUCAACUCCUCGGCCCUGUCGUCGGUGCAGUGUUCCAGCACGCCCUCGGGCCCGCAGAGCAGCGCCACGCGCCCCGCCACGCAGACCCCGCCGCCCGCCGCGCUGUGCCCCUCGACGCCGCGCUCCACCACCUCCCACAGCAUUUCGGAGCUGUCGCCAGAUUCAGAAAUAAUGAGAAGCGAGGGCCAUUCCUGAGGGCUCCGAGUUGCCCGUGAGAGCGACAGAAGAUGCAGGGUCGUUCGCCCGGCUGGACGCUGCCCGCGCAGG